GGCUGUCUCCUCGAAGUCUUCCAUGAAUAUAUCGGCGACUACAGUACCCCUAGCACGAACAUCUUGCGAAAAAGUAUUCGUAUCGUUAACGUGAGCGUUUUGUAUGGAAACAUAAACAGCGCCUCUAGUGUGCGUAAUAUGAACUAAAUUUGUGAGCACGAACAUAAGUCAAGUAAGUUUCGUAUCGUAUUCGUAACGUAACUAUCGUAACCUUGAGUCGUUUGUAUGGAGAUAGGAAGCACGAAGGUAUAAAUUGACGUAUCGUAUCGUGAUUGUCGAAGGCUGGCUUGCGAGUUUUACGAAAGUUUAUUCACUUUAAAUUUGACAGUGACAAAACUUUCGUCAGAGUUUCUUGGAAGAUUUAAAUAGUAAUUAAGUGAUUGUGUGACCGAAUUUUGCUGAAAAAUGCUUAGAUUAACAAGAAGCACCCAUCGACGUAGCACGUUGUACCAUUAUCUUGCGGCGCGAUUGAUUGUUGAAAGUGGAAAUGUACGAAGAGAAACUAGAGAAAUCUCGAGGAGAGCUCUCCUCAGAAAAAAUAUAGCCAAUAUUAACGUGCAAUAUCUAAGCGAUACAGAAUUUAGAAAUAGAUUUCGUCUCAGUAAGGAAGCAUUUUUGCAUUUAUGUCGCGAAUUAAGGGUCAAAUCUAGUCAAAGACCAAGUAAAAGGAUCAGCCUGGAACAUAAAGUACUGUGUGCUUUAUCAUUUUAUGCUACAGGCUCCUACCAAAGAAUAGUAGGAAUGGCUAAAUGUUUAGGGCAAACCACAGUUAGUAAAUAUGUGAGACAGGUUACUGACGCCCUUGUAACCCCCUCAAUAUUAAAUUACUUUAUAAAAUUUCCUGCGACCCUAGAGCAGCGUAAUAUUAUAAAAAACAAAUUUUAUACAAAAUUUGGCAUCCCUGGAGUAAUAGGAUGCAUAGAUGGGUCUCAUUUUCAUAUAUUCACUCCAAAAAGAGACAUUGAGCAUUUAUUUUAUUGCAGAAAGCAUUUCUACUCACUGAAUGUGCAAAUGAUAUGUGACAGUGAAUGCCGAAUUAUUAAUGUUAAUGCAAAAUAUGGAGGUGCUACCCACGACGCAUUUAUUUGGGAAAAUAGUCAAGCCAAUAGAUAUAUCCAGGACAUAAAUAAAAAUAAUGAACAAGUUUGGUUUUUAGGUGAUUCUGGAUAUCCACAGAGGCCUUGGAUGAUGACACCAAUCCCAGAUGCUGCUGAAGGUACGCCAGAGGCAAAAUAUAAUACCAUCCAUGGGAAAGCCAGAGUUGUAAUAGAAAAUACAUUUGGUAGACUUAAAAAUAGGUGGAGAUGCCUUUGUAAGGACCGGACAUUACACUACACCCCCGAAAGAUGUGCAACUAUAAUUAUGGCAUGUAGCGUUCUACACAACUUAGCGAUAGAUUUUAUGGUGCCCGAUCCUGAAGAAGAUGUCAUAGAUUCUUUAGAAUUAGGAAUAUCAGCAGUUUCUUCAGAAGAACCUCUUCGCGAUCAUGGUUCUAGAGAUGAUUUGAUUCGCGGUAGAACACUACGACAAAUAUUAGUGGAUAGAAUCAAUAGACUACACAUUGUUAAUAAUUAAUUUAAUUUUCCAUUUUUUUUCUAGGUUUUGUGUUACCAUGUGUCAUAAGAGAAUAAUUGUAUGAGAACUCUGUCUGUAUUUUUUUUCUUUAUUUGUAAUUUUAAACUCAUUGCACAGAGUGUUAGGUCUUAGCUAAUUGUUUUUUAUUUGUAUUUUCGUGUUGUUACUUUUAAGCUCUAUAUUGUAUUUUAUAGAACGGUGUUGUCGCUAAGAGACUGUACAUGUGCUGUUAUUUUAAUUUGAAUUUUUGACGGUCAUAAAGAGCUGUUUUGAAGACAAGUUUUAGUAAAUGGUUUUUGAAUGUAGAAAUGGUUUUUCUUUUGUGAUAA